AUGAAGGAUCGCAGUAUGAAGGAUCGCAGUAUGAAGGAUCGCAGUAUGAAGGAUCGCAGCAUCAGUUCUGGGAGGAGCGCUGAGCAGAAGAAAGGGCAUUUGUUGCUAACGGGAUCCAAGUCAGCUGUGGUCACGCCUCAGUCCGACACCAUGCCUGGACAAAUCCCGGAUCCCUCUGUGACAGCAGGCUCCUUGCCCAGCCUCGGGCCCCUCGCUGGGAUCUCGGCCACCACACUGACGGACAAGCUCAAGUAUGGUGACCUCCAAGACUUUGGGACGUUGUUUUCUCCCCUGCACAUCUUGGGAAGUUUAGGAAAGAGACCCCUCGUCAUCAAAUCAGAGAGAGAUGAGGAAGAAGACAGGAGGAAAAGGAGGCGAGAAAAAAACAAAGUAGCUGCAGCGAGAUGUCGAAACAAGAAGAAGGAAAGAACAGAUUAUCUACAGAAAGAAUCCGAGAGACUAGAGAUGCUGAACUCAGGCCUGAAAGCACAGAUCGAGGAGCUGAAAAUGGAACGCCAGCAGCUGAUUCUAAUGCUGAACCGUCACCGCCCCACAUGUAUAGUCCGGACAGACAGUGUGAAAACGCCGGAGAGCGAGACCAACCCUUUACUGCAGCAGCUGGAGGACGAAUGA